AUGCUCACUGUAUCUCUUGCUGAGAGAGCCCUUUAUGCCUUCGUAUUCGUCUCGAUCGUCUCGCAUUUUGUGUAUGCACGAUGGAUCCGUUGCUGGUCCCGCGUUCAUCAUCCGCCUGGCCCUAGUCCUCUUCCCCUGCUAGGAAAUGUUUAUCAGCUCCCGGAUGGUCACAAGGAGAAGACCAUGAGUGAUUGGGCGGUGGUUUUCGGAAAGCUCGUCUACGUAUCGUUCUUCCGAACGCGCGUGCUGAUUGUCAGCUCCCUCGAUGUUGCACAGGAGAUCAUGGAAAAGAGAAGCAUGCACUAUUCUGACAGGCCACGUCUUGUUCACAUGCAAGAGAUGAUGCAAUGGACAUCUCACCUAGGGUAUGCCGCAUCAAGCGAGGACUUCCGCAAGCACCGAAAGUGGCUACAGAGCGCGUUUCUCGCUCAUAACUCCCUUGUCAAAUAUCGCCCGAUACAGCUAAGGGAGGUGCGCGUUCUAUUAGACGGCAUGAGCGGCAGUUCCAGUCAAUUUGAGCAACACUUGAAUCGAUUUAUUGGUGCCAUCCUAAUGGAAGUGGUGUACGGUUAUACUGUGACUUCAGCGGACGAUAAAUUCCUCAAAUAUGGUUCUGAAGUCAUGGAAGAGGUCGCUCAUGCCGGAUAUCCCAGCCUAUCGCCUCCAGACUGGCUUCCGUUCCUCAAAUACGUGCCUACUUGGUUGCCGUUCGGAAAGUACAGGAAGGAAUCGGAACGUUUCAAAGACCUGGUGCGGAAAAUGCGAGCUGAUCCCUAUGAUUACGUCCGAAAGACUAUGGCAGCUGGCACUGCACCCUCAUCGUUCACUUCAACUCUGGUAGAAGAGGCUGUGCGCACAAAUCUUCUCACUCUACAAGAAGAAGAAGACAUCAAGGACAUGGCUACUCUAGUCUAUGGAGGCGGCAUGGAUACUACAGUCUCAACCCUAUCCGCAUUCGUCCUAGCAAUGGUGCUUAAUCCUCGGGUGCUCAAGAAGGCACAGGAAGAAAUGGACUACGUCGUCAAUCAAGACCGUCUUCCAGACUUUAGUGAUCGCAAUUCACUACCUUAUUUGGAGUGCAUUAUCAAGGAAGUAUAUCGAUGGCAUGUUGUCGCUCCACUCGGUGUUCCCCACCAGUCAACAAUAGACGACAAAGUUAGAGGCUUCGAUAUCCCCGGAAAGACCGUUAUCAUCCCAAACCUAUGGGCUAUCAGUCGAGAUCCUGAGCGAUAUCCAGACCCUGAAACCUUCUACCCCGAGAGAUUCGAACAUGCGAGGGCAGGGUCGAUCCCACAAACGGAUCCUCGAAAGUUUAUUUUUGGCUUUGGUCGACGGAUUUGUCCCGGCCGUUUACUGGCGGAUGCGAACAUAUGGUUGGCCAUCGCAAACAUGGUAGCUACGCUGGACAUUGGUAAAGCUCGAGACAGUGCCGGAAGCGAGAUCGAGCCGAGAGUGGAGAGUACCUCCGGGUUUAUAAGCCAUUUCGAAGACUACAUGUCCGAUAUAAAGCCUCGCUCGGAGAAUGCGGCACAGCUGAUCGCAGCCGCUGCGGUGUAAGCUCCUCUUCUGAUUACUCAGUGCAUCUGCCCUUCUGCGCUUCAUUUGUGCCAAUUGACAAGAUGUAAACCAUGUG